UUUUUCUCUGCCUUCAGUUUGGAGAAAGGGAGCAACCUUCACACCACAAGGAAUUAUAGCACCCCAGCCCAGGAAUCCGGGGCAUGUGCCACCCCUCCCUCCUGCCCCUAUACCCCCUGACAACCUAUUGCUUUCUGAAAAGACCCUCGAAAAAGGAACCUACCCAACUCACCCUCUGCACGUCUUCUCCUAAGAUUUGCCGUCCUCAUUGAGGGUGAAGGGCUCUUCUGUGAUCACGGAGCAGCACUCAGAGCCUCUUGGUUCAUAAUGAAUAUCCCCUAAUACCCGGACACCUCCCUCUCGCUUCGGCUACUUUCGGAAGAGGAUAAGAAUGUCCCACCUGUUUCCUGCUCUGGUUCUCCUCCUCAGAUGUCUGCUGUCCUCCUCACUCGUGUUCCCAAAAGACCUGAGUCCUCUUAGAACCAUCGAUAGCGGAAGUACGAAGUCCUAUCCAUGGUUCCGAGGGUUGACCACCGAUCAUGACUCUGCUCAUCUUGGCCUGGACUUUCAGAAGAUGCUGAAGCUCAACCAGACCUUGUUUGUUGCAGCCAGGGACCACGUGUAUGCGAUAGAUCUACGGAAAGCCAGAGACUCCAUUACCCCAGAGAAGUAUAUAACAUGGAAGACGAAGGACAUGGAUAACUGCGCUAUGAGGGGCAAACCGGACGAAUGCUACAAUUACGUGAAGGUGCUGGUCCCCAAGAACGACCAAACCCUCAUUGCCUGCGGCACCAACUCCUUCAACCCCACGUGCCGGAAUUACAAGAUCAAGACCCUGGAACAAGAAGGGGAGGAGUUUAACGGUCAAGCACGCUGCCCAUUCGAUGCCAAGCAAGCCAACGUGGCCCUCUUUGCAGAUGGGAAUCUGUAUUCCGCCACCAUGGCCGAUUUCCAAGCCAGCGACGCCGUCAUAUACCGCAGCCUGGGGGAAAAAAGUCCCGUCCUCCGCACCAUCAAGUACGACUCCAAAUGGCUGAGAGAGCCCCACUUUAUCCAUGCAGUAGAAUACGGAAAUUACAUCUAUUUCUUUUUCCGGGAGAUUUCCAUGGAGUACACCACCCUGGGGAAGGUGACUUUCUCCCGAGUGGCCAGGGUCUGUAAGAACGACAUGGGAGGUUCCCCUCGUGUUCUGGAGAAGUACUGGACCUCCUUCCAGAAGGCUCGUCUCAACUGCUCAGUCCCCGGUGACUCCUUCUUCUACUUCGAUGUCCUCCAGUCCAUGAGCGACAUCCUUACCAUCAACAACCGCCCCGCUGUCAUUGGAGUGUUCGGCACCCAGGCCAAUAGCAUCACCGGAUCUGGCGUGUGUGCUUUCUACAUGGAUGAGAUUGAGAAAGUCUUUAACGGGAAGUUCAAAGAGCAAAAGACCACCGAAUCUGCUUGGACCCCAAUUCCGGAAGAUAAGGUCCCAGUCCCCAGGCCCGGGUGUUGUGCCGGUUUUGGCAGUGCCACCUCAUACAAGGCAUCCAAUGAGUUUCCAGACGUGACCCUUUCCUUCAUCAAGUCUUUCCCUCUCUUAGAUGAGGCUGUGCCGUCCAUUACCGAGACACCAUGGUUUACCAAAACAACCAGCAGGUAUAAGCUGACGCAGAUCGCUGCAGAUACCUCAGCUGGCCCUUAUGGAAAUUACACAGUCUUAUUUCUGGGAUCCGAAGAUGGAAAAGUUCUUAAGGUUCUCACAGGAACUACAGAAAACUCCACGGUGGAAACCGUCCUCCUGGAAGAGAUCAACGUCUACAACCAAGACAGGUGCGGAGGGAAGAUGGACGAUGGGAGGAUCCUAGGACUGCAGUUGGAUCGAGAUAACCGCGCCCUGUUUGUCGCGUUUUCUGGCUGCAUCAUUCGUGUUCCUCUCAGCCGGUGUGAAUUGUAUGGAACCUGUAGGAGAAGCUGCCUGGCAUCAAGAGACCCAUACUGCGUGUGGUUAAAAUCGGGGAACUGCGCCAAUUACCGCGGCGACAUAAGAGUUGGAUUUGAACAAGAUAUUGAGCAACCAAAGCAUCGAGGCAAUUGUCAAGAUGUUGUCACGGCCUCAGGAAGUACAGACAUAGAAGGUGACUCUUCUUAUGGGAAAGUCCCGCCCAGCAGUGACAUCACCAUUGCCAGUGUUGCCUCCCUUGGGGAAGUGACUCACCCAGGCGGGCCUCACUACGCCCCGCCAGGCGUGACAUCAGACGGUUACUACCAACGUUCUGCCUGGCACAAUCUAAAAACCCAGGGUAAACAUCAAGAGGUCACGGGCAAAGAUUCUACCAAGACGGUCCACUUUACCUUCCUUAUCGGAUGUGUGUUUGUAGCCUUUGUGAUUGGAGCAAUCUUCUCUGGUCUAUUUGUGUCUUGCUACUGCAACCAUAUGUUUCAGAAAAAUAAACACAACACAAAGGACCCGGAAUCCAAUCUCCAACGCCCAUUAUCCCUGAGAAGCCUGGCAAAGAUGAAUGGCCUACUAGACAGUCAGUCCAAGGAAGGAAUGAUGGAGGCAACUUCUCCAAAGCUCUAUACCACUCUUCUUCAUGGAGAGAAAGAGCAGCUGGCAGAGGCAACCAAAGGUGGAGGCAAGGAACAUCCAGAGCUCCAGGGUCUCCCCACCCCAGAAUCCACACCAGAACUGCCAAUGAAGAACCUCAAAGCCUUCAAGAACCAAUGGGAAAGAAACCAAAAUUGUAACAACGCUAAAGAGAUACAAGGGAAGAGCCCAGUGUUUCAUUUCCCCGUAUCAAACUCCCAGGUAUUCCAGUUUCCCAGCACUGUGGUCUUACCUAGCAGCAUGCAUGGGUAUGACCAAUCUCUUUCCAGCUAUGCAGAUGAUAAAAAGAUACCCAACUCAGAAAGAGCCUUGAUUCGCCAUUCACAGUGUUAUCUACCAAAAGGUGGUGAGAUGACUACUCUUGACGAACUUUUAAAACACCUACCGGAAAGUGGUGGAUCACCAAGAAAAAUGUCAGGAAUGAUGGCUUUAAGCCCACAAGCCGUGAGCCCUCACUCCCCUGUAUCAUUCAUGAACAGAGUACAGCCUCAAAUUCCUGACACUGAAAGUGCUCCUUACUAUAGUUCCUCAACGCUUCCACGAGACAGUCUGCCCAGGAGACUGGACAUCCCUCCAGAUGUUACUCCUCAGUCAUGCAUGGAAAAACAGUCCAGACACCCGUCCCAGAGACAUUCUCUAUCCUCUGGACACAAACUCAUGAACAUAGGUCCAGGGGGGCCAUUAGUUUCAAGGCAGCAUAGCCUAGGACAAGCUAGCAGGCAACAUCCACCUCCUCUCCUAACAAGAAUGCAUUCAACAGGCACCCCAGUGCCCAUGGAUAGCCACAGUGUUUUUCUAUCUCGGCAGCACAGUUACACAGAGCAAACCCCAAUGCAAAGGAGUAUGGUGAAAAGGACCCUGUCCUUGAGACCGGAGAUGUCCUCAAACCCUAUGUUUUUGCCAUCUUCCCCAAUAAAGGAUGGGAACCAGUUUAAGUAUUAAUGAUCACUUCUGGAAGUUCUACUAAACAGAGAUCACUUCUAAACUUCUGAAAUGUGAAAACAGAUGCUAUGAAAUUUGCCUUGGUGUUCUAAAACUCUAAAAGAGUGCUUCAAAACCAUCUAAUGUCAAGUCAUCUCCAGCAAACAGGAAUGUUGAGUGAAAGGACUGGAGAAUGCUGGUAAGAGAUAAGAUGGACUAAGCUACCACCAUCCCCUAAAUUGGCCUUACGUAAGGCCAUGUGGGACUCUGUAGGGUGGUAGACAUCUGCUGUUCAUUUUUAAGUAUUCUACCUAGCUACAUUGUUUUCCUCUACUUGGAGAGCAUGAUCUGGUGAUCUACAUCUAUGUCCAAUGACCUUGGACUGGUCCAUAGUACAGGAUACCAGAGAGAGUGCCCAAUUGUUGACAGUAUUAAGAGGGCCAGUCAAUGGAGUAAACAUCACAGAUCAUCACAAGUGACGGAUCGAUUCAAUGGACUUUACCUGUGUCCCUGAGCCGUAAAAUACCACUAAUGAGAAACGUAGAACGAUCCGUCAAACUUCCUGGAUGCAGUUGGAUACAUUGAACGGAUACCUCAAGAGGAAUAGAUCAAAUGUAAAUUAAUUUAUAUAUACAUCCAUGUGUAUAUAUAUAAAGAUUUAUAUAUAUAUAUAUUUCACAACCUAACUCCAUAUAAAAGGAGGUUUAAUACCCUACUGUGUAGGGGCAAGAACUCACUCUAUAUUAACAUUACUGAAAAUGUAUAGAUCAAGAAAUAUUGAAGAAUAGAUGUUGGUGCCUAAGCCAGGCUAUAAUUUGACCCAUCCAAUUUUUAAGAUUAAGUAACAAUGGUGGCCCACCGCAUUACGAUUAUCUCACCGUAUCAGUAUCGCAAGUCAACUGUCUCGUCUUGGCUGUUUUCGAAUCCCCAAUGAUUUACUGUACAUGAGUUAAAUAUAUUCACGAUCAGGGUGAUGUAUGCCAGCCAAGAUAUAAGCACUGUGUGCUCAACAAUGAUUGGGGCACCAACCUACUGCCCCUUUUUUGACGAGUGUCUGGACAGAGUUGGCAAGGGGUCAAGUUCCUUAAGAAGAGAGAGAGGAGUUCUUGACCUUCCUGCUCUGCCAUUGUUUGAAUCCAGUUAGCUCAAUGGAUAGUCUGUGUACAUGUGUGCCUUAUUUCAAUCUAGUAUUAUGAACAGUGCGAUUGUAGCAACACGAUUCUAUUUAUUUUGUCACAGAGUGGUUAUCAUUUUUUAUUUUAUACUUUGCUAAGGGUGCUUUUUGGAGUGUCACAAAUCUCCACUUGACACAGUUGGGAAAUUCCUUCUCUACAGUUGAGUUCAGGACUUUGGGUGCCGUGGUGUCCAAUUCGUUUCCAGAUUCCCUUAGGGUUUUAUUUGUGUCUUCUCAACAAAAUCCAAUUUUCCAUCAGCCCUUUGGUUUCCCAUUCCCAACAGUCAAGUAAAGCUGGCCAUCAACAAAUAUUACAUCUUAAGUAUUUCAAUAACAGCAAGGCCACGUGUACCUUUUGGACAAAAAUAAGGAUCAGCCCCAUUCCCCUACUUCAGAGGUGGUGUGAACCUGUGGGGACCACAACUGCACGACAAAGAAAGAGUGGAAUACAUGGUGGACCUCUUGUCCGUGUUAGAGAUUGGAACCCGAACCAGGAAUGGGGGGGGGGGGUCAUAUUGAUCUCAUAUGUAGCCCUAUUUCUACUGAGUCUACUAAGCUUUCCAAAAUUUAUUUACAGAAGUCACAGGAUUAUAGUCUCAAAAAACAAGUUCAAAAAGUCACAUGUAAAAAAUAAAUGACUAUGCUAUAUAUAUGUAUUUCCGAGAAAAGAAAAUCCCCCAAAAAUGCAGAAAGAAAACUGCAGGUCAGAUUUUUGUUAUCUUUUUGUGGGGUGGAGAAUUGUUGACCUCAUCUCUCUCACCCGUAGGGCUAUUUUAACUCACUUCCAAAUAAAUGAGUAUUUUUCACACCCAAAUGGGAUAGUCCCCAUUGCCUUGUCAUGGUAACAGUGUUUUUUUUAUUUUUAUUAACCCAAUUGUUAUCUUGUACAGCACUAAAAAAAAACAUGGCCGCUUUCUUCCAAAAAACAGUCCCCAUCCUGUUCACGGGGUGUGUCUGGUAUUACAAUUUACCAAUAGAGUGGGCUGCCAUAUUACACAUAAAAAUACAUUUAACGGAAGGAAAUGUUGGGGUGUAUUCAGAUCGGGACUGGCUGCUCGGCUCGGCUUGUGAAUUGUGGAGUCAUGGUGUACCCAGGUGCGCCAAACUCUAAAGAUCGCAGACAUGAGCGCCUACUACUUACUUCAUUUCCAGUUACUUCACAGCAGAAGCCAUAACCAUAUACAACAGUAAAAAGUACAUUCAGAAAAUCACUGCCAACUUUCUGUGUUUCUAUUGGACUUUUUAGUUUUAUUUUAGCUAGGCAGAGGAGAAAAGAGGGUAACGAAGAACGGGAAGCUGCUUAAAGGUGACUUCCAGGACCUCUAUAUUGAUGGCCUAUCCAUAGGCCUAUUAAAGGCAAUGUAGAACAGCCGGUUAGCGUUCACUCACUUAAAUAUUGGUGGUAACUUCUCUCCGUUCAAUUGAUCCAGAAGGACACUUGAAGAUCACACAAGCCCUAACAAUGGAAAAUUCUAAAUAUCCAGCAUCCGCUCCAGAACAUUUCUUUCUGUAACAUCUCAAUACAGAUAAAAAGUUCCAAAUGCGACGCGUUUCGAUCAGUAGAUCUUUUUCAAAGUUGAUGAGAACGCAUUGCAUAUGCAAAGUCAAUGUUAUACCUGAUGCACUGGAGCGGAUUCAGGACUUCAUUUAAAAUUUUCUAUUAUAAGAAGGUCAGUGGGGGUCCAACUACUACCCCCCCCCC